AUGGAAGAAGAUAGGGAUAGACAGAGCCAGGAUGAUGUGCUCGCCUUCGAUUUGUACAAGAAUACCAUGACAGGUGAAUGGGGGAAUAUUGUUAAGAUGUAUAAGGAACACAAAUUCUCAGCCAUUUACGCCAGGAUCAACUCGGCAGGUGACACGGCAUUGCAUGUAGCUGUCUCCAUUGCGCCAGAAGAAAUUGUCCAACAACUCAUACGUGUAAUUACUCUCCAUUCAGAGCCCUCUCUUCGGUUAACAAACAACGAAGGGAAUACCCCUUUGCAUGUGGCAGCCUCAGCUGGGAGAUUGAACAUAUGCAUCCUUCUUGCUAAAGUUGACGUGUUUUCGGAACUUCCAAAUUUGGAGGUUCAUCAAGAUCCAUUUCGUAACAAGCUCGGUGAAACUCCUCUCUUCUUAGCCGCCUUUCAUGGUUACAAACCAAUCUUCCUUUACCUGCAUUCCUUACUCUUGGAACCAUCCGACAAGGACCUUGAUUCAGUCAAUCCCGCCUACAGAAGAAAUGAUGGUGAGACUGCCCUUCACUGUGCCAUUAGGUGGGAGUAUUUCGAUGUGGCAUUUGAGAUACUUGCAAAGGAACCUAAUCUUGCUUAUUCUGUGAACGAGGUAGGAAUCACCCCUCUGCAUCUCCUAGCAAGUAUACAUGUUGAAGAGCUGGAGCACGAAACUGCUCAUAAAGAUUUGAUUGAUUCUGUCGUUAAAGAAUUGCAUGAAUCUUCCGAAAAGGACAUUACUGACAAAUUCCCAAAGAACUACCAAACAUGCAUCCAGUUCUAUCAAAUGCUGCAGAAUAUGGCUCGAUCGGCGUUUGGAAGCAAAAAUAUGAAUUGCAAAGGUCGGAAAGCAGAUGAAGAGAGUGCCAGCGAACGUGAUAUUAUUGGCCAAUCAAAAAUAGGAUACCAAGCUCAGAGUAAAGUUCAGAAGCAUCAUUCUUUUCGGAGCCGUUAUGCAGUCUGUUUUAACUUUUUCCAUCUUUUAUACACAAUAUUCAUCCGGAUUAUUCUUGGCCUUGGAUAUGAGGGUAUAAGGAAGAUUAAACGGAAGCAUGUACAUUCUGCUAAAAUCAUGGAAAUCCUUAUUGAGGAAAUUACAAAAGACGCUCGCGACUUCACAAGUGGGACGGAUCCUGGGCAUACAAUCAACCGGCAUGGAAGUUCGGAUGGAAAACCAUCACUAACAGACGGUGACAAUGCCACCACUUCCAAACCUGAGCAACAAGAUGGAAACAAGAUAAACAGAACUGAUAAAGUAGAGAAAAAUAAUGGAAAAGGAAAGGAGGAAAGGCCUAAAACUACAAAGACAGAGACGCCCUUACUUAUUUUAUUGUCAGGUAAAGAGGAAACGCCUGAAACGGCAGAGAUAGAGACACCCAUAUUGGUUGCGGCAAGAAACGGUAUCACAGAAAUGGUUGAGCAAAUACUUCAAAAGUUUCCCAUGGCCAUUAAUGACAAGAGUAAAGAAAUGUCUAAAAUGACAAAGAUGGAGACACCCAUAUUGCUUGCAGCUAGAAAUGGUAUCACAGAAAUGGUUGAAUACUUACUCAAAAAGUUUCCAGUAGUCAUUGCUGACAAGAGUGAAGGAAAAAAUAUUGUUCUUUGGGCCGCAAAGAACAGGCAAACACAUGUAUUACAGCUACUGCUCAAGCAAAGGUUUGUAAAACGUAAACUAAUUCAUGAAGUGGAUAUGAAUGAAAACAAUGCAUUGCAUCUGGCAGCUGAGAUAGGAAAGCAAAAGCCUUGGCUAAUUCCUGGUGCUGCAUUGCAAAUGCAGUGGGAAAUCAAGUGGUAUGAGUUUGUAAAAGACAACAUGCCGCAACACUUUUGCUAUCAAGUCAAUAAGGAUAACAAGACCCCAGAAGAAAUCUUCAACGAAACGCAUGAGGACUUAGUCACAAAAGGAGGCGAGUGGCUUGACAAAACUGCUGAAUCAUGCUCAGUUGUGGCUGCACUCAUUGCUACUGUUGCCUUUGCCACGUCAACCGCUAUCCCUGGUGACAUUGAUAUACAACACGGGAGAGCAAAUCUUGAAGGCCAAUCGACACUCACCAUCUUUGCCAUCUCAUCACUCGUUGCUCUUUGCUUCUCCAUCACUGCUUUGUUCUCGUUUCUUGCCAUCCUCACUUCUCGGUAUGAACAAAAAGAUUUUCGUAGAGACUUGCCAAAGAAACUUCUGCUUGGCUUAACUUCUCUCCUCGUUUCCAUUGCAUCAAUGUUGAUUUCUUUUUGUGCUGGACAUUACUUUAUGCUGAAGAAUAAACUGAAAGAUAAGGCUUUUCCAGUAUAUGCAGCGACAUGCCUGCCAAUAGUCUUUUUUACCUUACAACAGUUACCACUCUACGUUGACAUUGUCUGGGCAAUUUUCAAGAAGGUCCCCCGAUCAAGCUGUAAGGCUAUUUCUCUCUAG